UAUCUGAGUCGAUGAUGACGUGAUGGGAUCAAGCUUGUGUUAUUUAUUUUGCAGGAGAAUUAAAAAAAAUCUGAAGUUUAAUAACUGUUCUUCAGAGGAAAUUUAAAGAUGUCAAGUGGUCCUGGACUCGAGUCCCUUGUUGAUCAAACAAUAUCAGUCAUAACGAAUGAUGGGCGUAAUAUAAUUGGAAUCCUGAAAGGUUUUGACCAGGCUACAAAUAUCAUUCUCGAUGAAUCUCAUGAGCGAGUUUACUCCACCAAGGAAGGUGUCCAGCAACUUGUAUUAGGGCUGUACAUCAUCAGGGGGGACAACAUAAGCAUUGUUGGGGAAUUGGAUGAAGAGCUUGAUUCGAAUCUGGAUUUGUCAAAACUGAGGGCACAUCCCCUCAAACCUGUUAUCCAUUAACUGGCAAGAAUGUAUUGGCAUUCUAAACCAUGUUUUUAGACUAUCAAAUGUAAAAGAAGUUAAGACAAGUAGACGAAAACUAAACCCAACUCAAGGGGUAACACAGGUGUAAGGAACCCGAAAUUUUGAUUUUUACCACCUACCUAUAUUGACAGGGAGAUUGCUCCCCAUUAUUUUGUAGCCUAA